GAAGAAUCCCUCUGAUGAAGUUUUGUCCUUCACAGAUGCCGUAUGUUAGUGUUGUCGUAUAAUAGACAUGCGCAGUGUAGGUCUUACUGUCAGUCUUAUAAAGAAGCGUUUAAAGGAGCAGUAGGAUGGAUAGCGGUGAGGGUCCUGCUCGGCCGGUUACCCUGGACAUAGCUGUGGAGGAUUUCGCCAAUGAUUCUCUAGCCCCUGAUCAAACCAUCUCCCACCAUGCCUUCCUACUCCCGGAGGAAACCAUCGACCUCGGGGGGGAAUGUGUCACCCCUCUGGAAGACAGCACUGCCACACCCUCAGAGAGCCUGCUGGAAAGACUAAAUGACCAGAUGAUGGAGAGUGUCAUGAUUUCAGAUUCGCCUAAUAUCAGCGAAGAGGAUGAUGUGGCUCCUAUCGACUCCUUUCUGGAGACAGGUGACAAUGAAGACACAGGAGAGCUGGAGGCUUCAGUCAGCGCAGUUGGAAAACCUGAUGUCAUUCUGCAUGCUAAUGAGACAGAAGCUGAGUUGGACCAACAGGAGUCUGGGAGUCCUGACCAAGAAGUUAAGGAGGAGGAGGAGGGGAAUGACCAGAAGGGCCAGCAGGGUGAAAAGGGGGAGACGGUCACUGUUUUGGUGUCUGCCGCUCACACACCGAGUCCGCCUAGUGCUAUGGAUGAAGACCUGGCAAUGCCUUCUCUAAUGGAGGAAAGUUUGAAAGACGAGCCUGUGCCGGUUUGCACCAUAUUCAGUCAAGGCAACCAGCCCAAGACACUGGUGCCCGAUGGUUUCCAGCCCACGCUCAUCAAGUCCCCCAGCUUCAGCAUGGCCAGUGGCGGGGGAAGUGACGAGACGGGCACGCCCAGCAAGCUGACCCCGCCGCUGGUGUGUCAGCCCAGCCCCAGCCUUAGCAAGUUCUUCAGCGACAACGGCCACAUGAACCCGGCCUCGGACUUCUUCGACUCAUUCACCACCUCCUCCACUUCCUCCUUCAUCUCCGUUUCAAACCCGAACGCCGAAGCCCACAUCACCCCGCCCACACCCGAACCAGUGACCCCAGAGCAGCAGCGCUCCUCCCCCGGCUCUUCCCUCUCCACCCCGCACGCCGGACCUCAAGGGGACCCCCUGUUUGGGGCGGUCUCCGGCGAAAGCUCCACCCCCUUGGUCCAGGCGCGGCCCCCUCUUCCCCAGGGGCUCCCGGCCGUACCGCCGCAGCCCCAGCACUUCAACCAGCUGCAGGCCGCCUUCUCCGGCAGCGACGACCCGUUCGCCACGGCGCUGAGUCUGAGCGAGGUGGACCGGCGCCAUGAUGCCUGGCUGCCCUCCACUGAGACCAGGAAGGUGCUCGUGGCGGUGGCCACCCAGCAGUACAACCAGGCUUACGUGGAGAGGGACAGAAUAACCAUGCCCGGCCUCAAGUUCGACAACCUACAGAGCGACGCAGUGAAAGACCUGAUGCUGCGGUUCCUGGGUGAGCAGGCGGCGAUGAAGAGACAGGUCCUCAACGCAAACUCCGUAGAGCAGUCCUUCCUGGGCCUGAAGCAGCUCAUUAGCGGUAAGAACUGGCGUGCGGCGGCGGACCUGACGGGCCGGCUGCUGACAGCUCACGGUCAGGGCUACGGCAAGAGCGGCCAGCGCACCUCCCACACCAGCGACUCCCUGCAGCUGUGGUUUGUGAGGCUGGCCCUGCUGUGUAAGCUCAACCUGUUCCAGAGUGCAGAGAUGGAGAUGGAGCCCUUCGGUAACCUGGACCAACCGGACCUCUACUACGAGUACUACCCCACUGUUUACCCAGGGAGGAGAGGCUCCAUGGUGCCGUUCUCCAUGCGCCUGCUGCAUGCUGAACUCCCCCAGUACCUGGCCAAGCCCCAGGACGCCCUGGACCACCUGCACAGCCUCAAGAACGCCUGUACCACUAUCCUGAAGAACCUGGAGCAGGGCUUGGCAGAGGACGGCAGCAUGACCACACUCACACAGGAGAACAGACAAGCAUCUAUUCAGCUGUGGAGCUCUCGCCUCACCCGGUCCAUGUACUCCAUAGCCAACUGUCUGCUGUCCAUGAAGGACUAUGUCCUGGCAGUGGAGAUCUAUCACUCCAUCAUCCAGUACGAACCCCAGCAGAGAGUGCAGCUGCUCAGCGGCAUCGGACGCAUCUUCCUGCAGAUCGGUGAUAUUAAAACAGCUGAGAGAUAUUUCCAGGAUGUGGAGAAAGCAUGCCAAGCGACAGGGAGUCAUCCCAGUCACACCACGAAUGUGUUGAUGAACAGAGCAUUUGUUCAUCUGAGUCAGAACAAUUACGCCGAGGCACAUGCGUCCUUCUCCCAAGUCCUGAAGGUUGACCCCAAAAACCCAGUGGUAGGUGUGAGUUACUACGACCACACACAACCAGGCCAACAACAACGCGGCCGUGUGCCUGCUCUACCUGGGUCGUCUGAAGGAGUCCCUGGGCCAGCUGGAGGGCCUGGUGCAGCAGGACCCGGCGCAGUACCUCCACGAGAGCGUGCUCUUCAACCUCACCACCAUGUACGAGCUGGAGUCGUCGCGCAGCACCCAGAAGAAGCAGGCCCUGCUGGAGGCGGUGGCCUGCCGGGAGGGGGACAGCUUCAACACGCUGUGCCUCAAACUGGUCUGAGCCACUGCGUCCCCGAACAACCCUCCCCACACCGACACCGAGAUCGACUCCGAGAUCAGGGGCCCGGGGGAGGCUAGCGUCGUCUCCGGUGGGGAUGUUGUUCAUGCAGCGUAUAGCAAUGUGAACAAACUGCGUCUGAAUGGAUGGGACUUGGGAGGAAGACUCUUAAAAGGGCACCAGAAGGCUCCGUUGUUAGAUGGGGUUUGUAGAACCUGGAAUGAGAAUGUUGUGCUGUGUUAGGAUUGGUUUCCACCAAACAACCCAUGUUUGGACUUUCUCUGCUUUUUUUAGACCUAUGAAAAAGGGAUAUUUGGGUUCCAACCGGCCCCAGCCACGUACUUGUUCUUCUGCAGGGAAUCAAGUGACAUUAUGGUCCUUUUAGGAUGCACUUGAGUGGCCUAAAUGUUCGAUAGACGGUGAAGGGGAAUACAUUUUCUCCUUUUAAACUUUUAAAUAGAUCACCACGGAGGAAACACAAAGUUGAAUGAGCACCAACCCUCCCACCCUCCCACCUGCCACACACACACGUGGUAAUAAGGGCAGACGCCGUGGUACUGCUAGACAGCAUGGGCAUUAUCCUGAGCUCCAGGACGGUCAAUGUAGCUCUCCCUUCCGCUUUCCCUCCGAGCAGUUUGUUUAUAAUUGUAUAGAUACGGUCAUCAUUCACUAUCAAAUCUUAACCUGCUAAAUAUCUCUCGCUCUACAAGUUGGACUGUUGUGUGAACCUCUCCUUACACUAUUAGAAAAUGAAUCAAUUAAUAUAAAGCUGUACAUAUUAUAAUAGGGGUGUUAUAUAAGAAUGCUUGUGUCGCGCCUCAAUAUUUUAUUGAUUUAUUGAUCCUUAUCAUUAUAAUAAUCGUAGUUUGCAGAGAAUGUGCUGUUAACCUUACUUUACUCUGUGCAGUCAUUUGUUUUAUUGAAAAUUAAAAUUGUAUUUUUAAAUUAA